CCAACAGUUUGGAAACCCGGCUAACAGGAAGUGUCCUUCUCUCCAAGCUGCGAUUCAGCGUGAAGGAGGAAAAAGUCUCUGUGGCUCUUUCCACCCUAUUGGCACGUUUUUGUGACAGAUUGUGAGGGGAGAAGAACGCAGGAGAAGAGCAAGAGGUGAAGAUGGGCGCUUGUCUGGCGCUCUGCUCCCUGGCCAGCUGUGCCUCGUGUCUCUGCGGCUCAGCCCCCUGUCUGUUGUGUGGCUGCUGUCCCUCCACCUAUAACUCCACAGUUACACGGCUCAUCUUCUCCUUCUUCCUGCUGCUUGGCACCCUGGUAUCGGUCAUCAUGAUACUGCCUGGCAUGGAAGAGCAGCUACAGAAGAUCCCAGGCUUCUGCAAGGGCAGCAGCUCCAUACCGGGUGUGGAGAAUCAUGUCAAUUGCAACAUCAUUGUGGGCUACAAGUCCGUGUAUCGUGUGUGCUUCGCCAUGGCUUGCUUCUUCUUCAUCUUCUCCCUCAUCAUGGCCCGGGUGCGCAGCAGCAAGGACCCCCGUGCAGCUCUCCAGAAUGGGUUCUGGUUCUUCAAGUUCCUGAUUUUGGUGGGUAUCACAGUGGGAGCAUUUUUCAUCCCAGAUGGCACCUUCAGCACAGUGUGGUUCUACUUUGGAGUGCUGGGAUCUUUCGUCUUCAUCAUCAUCCAGCUCAUUCUUCUCAUUGACUUUGCUCACAACUGGAAUAAGACCUGGUUGGAGAAUGCUGAAGAGGGUAACAGGAACUGCUGGUUCGCAGGCCUGCUGUCCUUCACCUUCAUACACUACACCCUGGCCUUCGCUGCUGUCGUGCUCUUCUACUUAUACUACACCCAGCCAGAUGCCUGCAUCGAGCACAAAGUCUUCAUCAGCCUCAACCUCAUCUUCAGCAUCAUUAUUUCCAUCAUCUCUGUCCUACCCCAAGUACAGGAAGUACAGCCUCAGUCCGGCCUGCUGCAGGCCUCACUCAUCAGCCUGUACACCAUGUACGUUACCUGGUCCGCCAUGACCAACAAUCCCGAUCGUAAGUGUAACCCCAGCCUGCUGAGUCUGGUGUCCAACACCACCAGCUCCCUAGCCCCUACCACCUCCCCGGGCCAGGUGCAGUGGUGGGAUGCCCAGGGAAUUGUGGGACUGGUCAUCUUCUUCUUCUGCACCCUCUAUGCAAGCAUCCGCUCCUCCAGCAACACACAGGUAAACAAGCUGAUGCAAACAGCAGAUGCAACAGGGGCUGAAGGUGGGCUGUGUCAAGCAGUGGACAACGAGGAGGAUGGCGUCACCUACAGCUACUCCUUCUUCCACUUCUGUCUGUUCCUGGCCUCCCUCUACAUCAUGAUGACUCUCACCAACUGGUACCAGCCCAAUACCACUUCCCAGGUCAUGCUAAGCACUAUGCCUGCAGUUUGGGUGAAGAUCUCUUCCAGCUGGCUUGGCCUGGCUCUCUACCUGUGGACCCUGGUGGCACCACUCAUCCUGACCAACAGGGACUUCAGCUGAUCACAGGGUGGCACUGACAGCCAAAUGUGUUUCUGUGUGUGUGAGACUGAUGACAGGGUGAGUAUCAGCACCUCAGUGAGAGGAUGUGAUCCACUUGCACUUUGGCAUCUGCCUCUUACAUCAGCCACACAGUCACACUGGCCAAGCCUAAGCUGUCAAUAAUCAAAUCGAUCAAUAACUCAAAAUAAUGGAUAUUGAAAAACAUUGUGUGUUUAAUUUUCUCAUUUUCUAGAUGUCUACAUGUUCUGAAAUUUCUUUGGAUGAUUCUAUGAGUGUAUUAAGAGAUUUGUAUAUCUUUAUACAGAUUUUUAAUGAAUUAAGUUUUGUCAUAACUGUACAGACUUUUCAAAACUUGCAGGUAAGAGGCUUUUAAAUAAAAAAACCCAACCCAAUAAAAUGCAGGUUUUAACCCUCAAACCAGAGGUCAGACCCUUAAAAGCAAUGGAUGCAACCAACACACACUACCUGUUGACAGAGCUUUUCACUCUGUUUUUAGCUCAUUUUGCAUUUUAUUCAACCUUAUUUAGCCAGGGCCAGAGAAUGUAUGUGUAAAGUAUUAAGAUUCCCUUCUUGUUGAGGUUAUGAAUAGCAACCAGUCAUUACUGGAACACCACUUUUACGUCAGAGAGGCAGCGCCAAGAUGAUUGACAGGGGUAUGAUAACUAUAAAGGGUGGUCAGCUGCUUUCUGUAGAGCUCCCUGUAGCAGCUGUGUAAAGAGGAGAUAAGACUGGCUAUCACAGUGAUAGAGGCCCAGGAAAUUGCAGAGACACUCUCUAACAUUCCAGCAACAUUUCUGUGAUGUAGCAAGAAUAUGACAAGAUGAACAGAGCUAUACUGUGACUUAUUUACACUUAUUAGCAGUCGCUUUUCUCCAAAGCAACUUCCAAUGAACCCUAUGUAGUGUUAU